AUGACAGAUGCUGCGAUGGUUGUGCUCACAAAAACACGCUGCGUGGCUGUUUUCAACGUGGAUGCAGCCACAAACGUUACACAAACACAAACAGAAAUAAUUUUUUCCUCGUUCCUCCAUCUUGUGCAUCUAAUUAGAAGAGACAAUAUUUCCUGCUGUCUGGCCAUCUCUAAUGGACGAGCAUCGGUCUCAUGUGCAACUGUCCGCUGUCCAGUCAAAUCAAAUAUUUGCCGCCAUGAAGGGUUCAGAUUGAAACUGGAGAUAGCAAAGUCAAAUAUCAAAUAUCGCUUUCGACACUACUCAAUCGCUAUUAUGGACCCGUCUUAUCGACGCUUCUCAAACGUCCUAGAUAUCUCGCUGUCAGAAGGCAUAAGAAAAUAUAAAACAAAAAACAUAUAUGCAACCAAAGAAAGUGGAACGUUAACCUUUGAUGCACUUGUAGACCAACUCGAGAUAGGACUUGAGAUCAUCGUGGCACGGCUUGACGUUCGGGAAGUUCUCAUCCAACACUCGAACGCUGCACUCCUUCCUACCUGUUGGUUGCAUCAAUUCUCUACUUGUGCCUUAUGCAUUGGUGAUCGAUGCACGUUUACACAAGUAUCAUUGUUCAUACACAACAACAUCAAUAAAACAACAUCGGCGACUCUAGAACAACAACAACAAAACAAUGUGAAAAGCCCAGGUAGCCAAAACUUGCCUUUGCACACCUGUAUUGAGUUUGGUUACAUUUGUAGAACGGUGAAAGAAAAAGUAUUUCAAUCAUUUUGA